UCUCUUCUGCAAGAGCAGAAAGUCAGUGUGGCUGCUCCUGUGUCAUUACACAUUACUGAUGCUAGGCAGGAACUCUCAGAGGCUUCUCUCACACAUAAGAUCCAGACUUACACACAGCAGCAUUAUGACCAGUUCUCCCAAGCACUGCACUGUAGGAAGGAAGUCUCGGCUGUUUGCAGUGGAAUCUAAUUGUUAUUCUAAUGACUUCUACUUUACAUCCACAGGCAGUGGAUACCAGAUUCCCUCUGUGACUGCGACUGACUGGCCCAUGCUGGCUGAUGGGGGCUGUGCGUAUUCAGUAUGUAUAACUAUAGGACCCCGCGUCAGGGCAGCAAGGCUGCACAAGUCACUGGGGCAACAACUAUCUGAAUUGUUUCAUGGAAGUCAGGUGUUUAAUCUGAUGUCCUAUGUCCCAGGGAACCUCCAUGGUUCUCUAGAGAAGGGGUUUCUAGUCCUGGAUCCCCGCUGUGUCCCAGACACUGAGAAUAGGCUGUACAGCAUCCUCAGAGAGUAUAAGCAGGACAUCCAGCUGUGCAGUUACAGGGAAGGGGAAGGAGGCCAGGUCUGGCAAUGCUGGUGGGACCUGAAUGGAGGAGCGAAAGAGAUAGAGAGGUCACCAGUUAUGAGAAUGGACACAGUGAUGCCAUCUCCAUUUGUGGACAACAUCAAAGGUUCUGCUGUGUUUUACUCGCUGGAAGACGCCUGUGCUGUACUGCAAGAGAGUUCCACAGUUAUCCCAGAAGCUAAAAUGGUCUUACAGUUAAUGGGCCAGAAUAAGACUCCGGAGAGAGGACACUUUCCUAUUAUUGUUUUAGAGGGACUUGAUGCCACAGGAAAAUCUACACUAGCGGAGGCUCUCAAAAGUCACCUGAAAGCCACAUUGCUUAUAUCACCACCAGAAUGCAUCCAACGGUGGAAAAAACUCUUUGUUGAGGAGACAACACUGAUAAAGAGAGCAUACUAUGCCUUAGGUAACUACAUUGUGACUGUGGAAAUAGCAAAAGCAUCACAAAUGGCUCCGGUUAUUGUGGACAGGUUCUGGCACAGUACAGCUGCCUAUGCAAUAGCCACUGAGAUUGGGGGUGGUGUCCACAACCUGCCAGUUCACCACCAUGAAAUUUACAGUUGGCCAGAUGAUCUUCUUAAACCCGACCUCAUCAUUUUACUGACUGUCUCAGACGAAGAGCGAAUCCGCCGUAUACGGAAGCGUGGGCGCCCAGAAACACCUGAUGAAAUGAAAUUAGAGGCUAACAUGACAUAUCGGCAGAAAGUGGAAGAAGCGUACAGGAGAAUGGAGAACCCCGGAUGUGUCAUCAUCGAUGCCAGCUCACCAAAGGAAACUGUAUUACAAGAGGCAUUGUGCAUUAUAAAGGAGCACUGUGGGAUCUAAUUGAGAAUAUUUAGGGUGCUGUAUAGAAAUCAAGAGGUAGAGAUGAGUGCAUAUAAUUUUAUUGGCAUGGGCCCUCACAAGUUAGUUGCCCUGGAAAUGUGUUGUGUGCCAUUUAAAAGAUGAGUGUUUUAGUGUAAAUUAUAGUAGUGUUACCAGGAAGGCAAGUAACACUAGUGUUUGCAGUAGGACAAUUGGCUUCCCACGUCCCUCACCUCUGAGAAUGUUAUCAUACUGUGUCUGUGUAUUAAUGUUCUGUGGGCACCAGUUUUUCAUUCUGUAGCCGAAAAUUGAUCCUAAAACAAAAGGAAACCAGUUCUCUUGUCAACGUGAAUGCACUGUUUUCUACAGUCACUAUUUCUUAGGUGCUGUAUAAGGUUUUACAAAAAUAAGGAAAAAUAAAGACAGUUUUUACAUUAUUCAAAACCUUUAUUUUAAAUAAUACAGUUAUACUAAUAACUAGGUCAAAGCUAGUACAUGAAGUGAGAUUGGGGACAGGACGCUACAGAGGAUUACUCCACUAGACGGUAUGCUGUUAGGGCCCAUCACCCUCCUGGCUGUCACCCAUUCUUUCUAGUGUGCCCCAACUCACAGUCAUUGUCCCUGAUCCCUUCUGUCUGCCCCUCCCAGGACACUAGGCUAUGGAAUAGUGCACCUGAUAUUAUCUGUCACUGACUUGAUUAUAUAGGAAUCUCACUGUUGUAUGUUUUCACUUUACUGUCUGUUUAAAUAUAUUGUAUUAUGUGUGUUUUAUUGCAGCUUUCCCUGUGCUGUGUUACAGACACUUUGUGUCUCUAUAUUAAUAAAAUAAUAAUAAUAAUAAUAAUAAUAAUAAUAAUAAUAAUAAAUAAUAAUAACUUUGCUAUGAUUUACAGUUGAAAUUGUUGUUGAGAAACUACAUGGCACCUGUUACAUUUCUGAUUUAAGCCAUAGUUCAGAAAUAAUACAGUAUAUCAUUUAUUUCAUCAAUUUGUCUACGAAUAAUUAAAAAAAUGUUAUUCUGAAAUGUAGAAUUUUUUUCUUGUGUUUUGUGGUCAUAUAGAACAAAGCGUUUUCUGAUUAUAGGACAUUCUGAGACUCCGGGAGAACGUGCUGGUUGUGCUACACAUGUACCCACGUGAUCUUACACGUAAUUGCCUGCUGCGUGCGUCUCUCUGCGACUCGUUUGUAAGAUCUCUCUAGGCACAUCUGUACUUCUGAACAGACAAAAACCUAAUACACCCACAAAAAUAUACUAAAGGUGUAUAUGUAUUAAAUAAUUAUAAGGUCCUUAAAAAUGCACAUACUGUAUCUUGCAAUCACAUGCAGUACUCUGCUUAUCUGGAGUCCUUAUUGAAGCAGACAUAGGUGGUCAUUCCGAGUUGUUCGCUUACUAACUGCUUUUUUUUUUAAAUUCCAUCUGUUUUUAUUAAUUUUUCAAACAAACAAACAAACAAACAAACAAACAAACAAACAAACAGACAGACAAUCAUAACAAUACAACAAUAACAAACCAACAUAAAAGGACAUGCGCUAUGUGUACAUAAAUGUAAUUCAGCACAAUCGUAUAUACAAACACAUCUACAUUAAUAAAGUUGCAAACAAUUACAGGUUAACAAAA